AUGGCUGAGGCUUUCGUUGCUGAUGUUGCUAAGGGAAUUCUAAGCAAGCUGAUUCCACUUGUUAGUGAGCAGAUCAGCCUUGCUUGGGGUUUCAAGGAGGAGCUGACACAGCUUCGUGGGUCUGUAGAGAUGAUUCAGGCUGUGCUGGCUGAUGCAGAGAGAAGGAAAGUGAGAGAAGAGUCCUCAAGGCUUUGGCUGCAGAGGCUUGAAGAUGUUGCUUAUGAUGCUGAUGACUUGCUGGACGAGCUUGCUUAUGAGAUUCUCCGGCGAAAGGUAGAGAUCCGGAACCAAAUGAAGAGAAAGGUACACUUCUUCUUUUCAUUUUCAAACCCUAUUGCAUUUCGUAUCAAGAUGGCCAACAAAGUUAAGGCUAUUGGUGAAUUGCUAAAAGGGAUUAAUGAUGAUGCAAAUCAAUUUAGACUUCCUAAAGUGAGCUCUGUAAUUUCAAAUCCUAAGAUUAUUCCAAACCGAGAGACAGACCCCAGUCUUGAUUAUUCCGAAAUUGUAGGAAGGAGAGAUCACGUUGCAGAAAUUGUAAACUUGUUGCUUAGUGCAACCAAUCAACAACUCUCAGUCAUUCCUAUAGUAGGAAUGGCAGGUUUGGGAAAAACAACUUUAGCAAAACUAGUGUACAAUCAUGAGCUAGUAAUAAGACAUUUUGAUGAAAGGAUAUGGGUAUGCGUCUCAGAUGAUUUUGAUGAUAAAAGGAUUUUGAGAGAGAUUCUUGAAUCCAUUAUUGAAGAAUCAUGGACAUCAAAUAAUAAGGGUGCAAUAAUUAAACGUCUUCAAACACGGUUGCAAGCUAAAAGAUAUCUUCUCAUACUUGAUGAUGUAUGGAAUGAAAAGAGUCAAAAUUGGUGUAAUUUAAAGAGUUGCUUGUCAACAAUUAGUUCAAAUACUGGAAAUAAUAUUAUUGUAACAACUCGUAGUGACAAGGUGGCAGAAAUCAUGGAAACAGUUCCUCGACAAUACUUGAAAAAGAUAUCAAAAGAUGAAUGUUGGUCCAUAAUCAAGAAAAUUGUAUCAAAGAAUGAAAGCAUUCCAUUAACUCCUGAUUUGGAGACUAUCGGAAGGGACAUUGCUGAAAAAUGUGGAGGGGUUCCAUUGGUAGCAAGCAUUUUAGGAGGGACAAUGUCAUGUAAAAAGCAGAAAAGUAAGUGGUUGACAAUUCAAAAUAGUGAAGUUUGGAGUUAUCUACAUGAUAGUAAUGAAAUGCUCCCAAUAUUAGAAUUAAGCUUUGAUCAUCUUCCAUCACUUUCUCUUAAACAAUGUUUUGCAUAUUGUUCAAUUUUUCCUAAAGAUUAUGAGAUUAAAAAGGAAGAAUUAAUUGAGCUUUGGAUGGCUGAAGGGUUCCUUCAACCAGCUCAAGGAAGCAGUUUGGUAAUGGAGGAUAUUGGUAACAAGUAUUUUAAUAUCUUUUUAGAGAAUUCAUUAUUCCAAGAUGUGAAAAAGGAUAUGUAUGAUAAUAUUACAAGUUGCAAAAUGCAUGAUUUGGUACAUGAUCUUGCCCUCUCAAUUUCAAAAUUUGAAACCUUGAUUUUGAAGGAUGAUUCGAGGGGUGAUAUCCAUCAUGUACGACGCCGUUUAUUAGUCCAAUAUGAUUGGGAAACAAAACCAAGAAUUCCACUUUCAAAAGAUAGUGUUCGGAGAUUGGGCACACUUAUUUCAGAGAAUGCUACGUUUGGAAACUUAUUAUCUAAUUUUAAGUGCUUGCGUGUUCUGAAAUUAUCUGGGAAUAGCAUAACAGAGAUAUCAGAAUCAAUUGGUUGCUUAAUACACUUGAGGCUUCUUCACAUCUCAUGGGCUGAGAUCAAAGCAUUACCAGAGUCCAUUACCAAGCUCUACAAUUUGCAAACUUUAAGACUUCAAGGGUGCUAUAGUCUCGAAGAACUUCCAAAAGAUCUAAACAAAUUGGUUAACUUGAGGCACAUUUACGUUGAUGAUUCUUCUUACAUCCAUCAAUCACCAAAAGAUAUGGGGGAGUUGAAUUUUCUACAAACGUUGUCAUUUUUCAUUGUGGGUCAAGAUGAAGGACAUCAGAUCAAUCAAUUGGGGUCCUUGAAUCAACUAAGUGGAAAAUUAGACAUCGAGAAUCUGGAGAAUGUGAGAGAUCAAGAAGAAGCUAGAAGUGCAAAUUUGGCAAAAUUGGACAAAAUAAACCAAUUAGGAUUUUAUUGGAGUGAUGGUUCAGAUAGAAAAGUCAACCACCAUAUUGAAGAAGAAGUGUUGGAAGCCCUCUAUCCUCAUCAAGAUCUGAAAUCCUUAACAAUUGAUGGCUUUGGUGGAAAGAAAUUCCCAUCAUGGAUGUUGACAAGUCGUAAUGCCAUGGAUGCUUUGUCGCCUUUUUACAAUUUGAUCAAGAUAAAUUUAAAUCACUGCAACAAAUGUAAACAAGUUCCCACCCUCGGCCAUCUACCAUGCCUCGAGGUUCUUAAAAUAGAGGGAAUGGAUAAUGUGACACGUAUUGGAGUUGAGUUCUACGGCGUGCACAGUAAUGUAUUGUUCCCGGCAUUAGGAAGACUCAUUUUUAGGAAUUUGCACAAUCUAAGGAAGUGGAAGGAUGCGCUGGAGGUGACACCAGCAAGUGUGGUGUUUCCUUGCCUUGAGUUGCUGAUCAUUGAGAAGUGUCCUCAACUAACGAGUGCCCCAUAUAAUUUUCCGCAUCUACAGAGAUUAAAGGUUUCUGAAAUCAGCUACACGGCAUUGGAAAGUAUUAGCAGCAAUCUUACAACACUCACGUCCGCCCGUAUUUAUGAAGUGCCAGAACUUGCUUUUGUGCCACAGCAGCUUUUCUAUAUCCAAUCACUCGAGAUAAAACUGAGUUAUAUACUGGACGCCUUCAUUUUCCUGAAGUGGGGAACUGAGUUGGAAAUAUAUGGUUGUUUUCCAGGUAUACAAGCUAUCGCGCCUCAUCUUCGAUGCUUAAGGAUAUCAGGGUGUGAUGUUAAAAUUCUACCCAGUGAGCUACAAUUAUGUACCUCUCUUUCAGUAUUGGAGAUACGUGAUUGUCCUAAUCUGAAAUCACUUCCAGAUUUACAAGGAUUCCAUUCUCUUGAAAUUUUAGAGAUCUCCGGUUGUCCUAAACUCAAAUCAAUUUCAGAUCUAGGAGAGUUGUACUCUCUUAGAGUGUUAAAAAUCUUCCAUUGCAGCAAGUUGACGCGUCUGCCUGAGGCAUCCUUACAAUGCUUGAAUACUAUGGUGAUAGUUGAAAGGGUGGGCUAA